AGCCGUAACAACAAGCUGCCAUGUCGAGCAAAGCUUCGGGUAAAGAGAAGAAAUCCGGGUUGGGGAAGAAACUGUUCCGCCGGGGUUCGGUCAGGUCAGUGGGAAGUUUUAUGAGCAGAGUCUUGAAGACUCUGUCCACUCUUUCGCAUUUCGGAUCUGAGCUUCAAGCACCCGAGGGCGACAAAGACGAUGGCGGAUUCUCUGUCUUUAAGAACGACGGAAAAGGAUCAGUAGCCUCGGAUGACAGCGACUGCGGCGGUUUCCUCAGCCGGGACAAAGUGCCCGGUGUGGCCGGGUUGAAGAACCACGGAAAUACCUGCUUCAUGAACGCUGUCCUUCAGUGUCUGAGCAACACCGAGCUGUUUGCGGAGUAUUUAGCCCUGGAACAGUACCGAGGAGACGCAGAUCAGGAGGACAAACCUAAAGCUAACGGAGUCCAUCCACCGAGGAAGGAGAAAGGAGAAGUGACCGAGCAGUUGGCUGGACUGGUUCGAGCCUUGUGGACCUUUGAGUACACUCCACAACACAGCAGAGAGUUUAAAAAUGCUGUUGCAAAACGUGCCAUGCAAUACAGGGGAAAUGCUCAGCAUGAUGCACAAGAGUUCCUCCUCUGGCUUCUGGAUCGUGUACAUGAAGACCUGAAUAACACCGGUCUUAGCAGACCUUCUAUAAAGCCACCAAUAGAGGAGGACGAUGGAGCGCUAGAGGGACCUUCACCCCCUCUGUCAGCUGGUACAUUUGUCCAAGAGCUGUUUCAGGCGCAGUACAGAUCUUCGCUCACCUGCCCACACUGCCAGAAGCAGAGCAACACUUUUGAUCCAUUUCUGUGUAUCUCCUUACCCAUCCCGUUACCUCAUACUCGGCCCUUGUAUGUGACAGUGGUGUACCAAGGCAAGUAUUCCCACUGCAUGAGGAUCGGUGUAGCAGUUCCUCUCAACAGCACCGUCUCAAGACUCAGAGAAGCUGUUUCACGCGAGACCAAGAUUCCUCCAGACCAGUUUGUCCUGACUGAAAUGUAUUAUGACGGUUUCCACCGGUCAUUCUGUGAUGAUGACGACGACCUUGAUAUCAUUCAAGAGAGCGACUCCAUCUUUGCAUUUGAAACCCCUGACACGUUCAAACUGGAAAGCCUUCGCUCUAAAAGAGGGAGUCUCCUCGCAAACCUCAACCAAAACAAUCUGAAGUACGGUAAUGACAGCCCUCGCACACCAUCCUUUAUGCAAGGGGCGGUGAAUCCAGCGUCACCCAAUAAAAACUCAGGGUCCGACAAGAUGAUCCUGCUGGUGUGCAACAGAGCCUGCAUCGGCCAUCAAGCGAGAAGGUUUGGACUUCCUUUUGUACUAUACAUGGAGCGCACUGUGAACUGGGAUGUGCUUCAAAAGGCAAUUCUGGAGAAGAUGCAUCACCUACUGAGACAGGGUGUUUACAUCCAGGUGGGACCCUUUAGCCUGCGAGUGGUUGGUGUGGUGGGGAUCACGUACUUGUUACCACAGGAGGAAUUUCCACUCUGUCACCCCACUGUGGAGAGAGCGUACAAAUCCUGUGGGCCAGGCGGCCCUCCUCAUGUCAAGAUCGUGGUGGAGUGGGACAAAGAGACCAAGGAUUAUCUGUUUGGCCACACAGAGGAAGAGUACAUCCCGGAUGCUGAGAGUGUGUACCUACAUCGUGAACAGCACCAUCAGCCCCAGGCCUGUACCCUCGCUCACUGCUUUCAGCUGUACACCAAAGAAGAACAGUUGGCGCCGGAUGAUGCUUGGCGAUGUCCGCACUGCAAGCAGCUGCAGCAGGGCCGCAUCAAGCUCAGCCUCUGGACUCUGCCUGAUGUUCUCAUCCUGCAUCUUAAGAGGUUCAGACAGGAGGGGGAUAGGAGGGUGAAAAUGCAGAACAUGGUGCGUUUCCCGCUGCUUGGCAUGGACAUGGCACCCCACAUGGUGAAGAGGAGCCAGAGCAGCUGGAGCCUCCCCUCACACUGGUCCCCCUGGAGGAGACCUUACGGUCUAGGUCGUAACCCGGAUGACUAUCUGUAUGACCUGUAUGCUGUAUGCAAUCACCAUGGAAACAUGCAUGGAGGGCACUACACAGCUUACUGUAAGAACUCGGUGGACGGACAGUGGUACUGCUUUGAUGACAGCGAUGUCCAGCCCAUGGCUGAUGAGGAAGUGUGCCAGCAGACAGCUUACAUUCUGUUCUACCAGAGGAGGGCAGCUAUUCCCUCCUGGUCUGCCAACAGCUCAGUAGCAGGUUCCACAAGUUCCUCGCUGUGUGAGCAUUGGAUCAACCGCCUCCCUGGCAGCAAGCCGCCCAGCCUGGCCUCUGGAGCUUCCUCCCGCCGGACGUCCCUGGCCUCUUUGGCUGAGUCCAUGGAGUUCCCUGGUGACCGCAGUGAAGACGACGGAGGAUUCUCCACCCGACCCUUUGUGAGGAGCAUUCAACGUCAGAGCUUGUCUUCCAGAUCCUCCAUAACCAGUCCACUGGCCUUUAGUGAGAAUGGGAUAAAGCCUUCCUGGUCACUGUCUGCCAAACUCCAGAUGAGGUCCAGCUCACCCUCGCGCUUCUCUCUAGACUCACGCUCGUCACCCCCACUGGAGAGGAUUGGAGAGGCCUGUGAUGACAAGGUGUCCACGUCUUGCUUCGGAGGUUACAGCAGGCACGAACGCCAAACUAACAGCAAAGCCCCUCUGGCCAUGAUGGAGGGCAACAGCAGUGAUGACGGCAGUGGUAAAAAGAUCCUGGAUGAGGCCUAUGUCAGGGCUCCCACUGUAGCCGACAAGAAGAGCUCCAAAGGAGAACCCUUGGAAAACAACAACCAGAUCAAUGCUGUCGACCAGAACGUGCAUGGGACUCCCUCUAGAGAGCCAAGGCACAAAAGCUCUGCAAGCUCAGCUUCGAAAGCAGAGGUGGGCGUUGCCAAAAAGACUUCGACUAAGACCAAAGGGGACCAAGAGAGUUCAGCCAAGAAGAGGCAAAGCACUUCUGUUCAUAGGUCUCCUUCUUCUCAAGUGUCUUCCAGUUCACAAGGGAAAGGUGCCAAAGUGACGAAUUUAAAAGAGAAAAGUGACCAUCCCAAGACUACCAGAACUCCUUCUGGAACUCCAACAAAAAAGAAAGAGUCUUCCCAAUCCCAGGAGCCAGGAACAGCACCUGGAACCACUAAAACCAAUCAGCGCUUGACCUCCACCCCUCAGUCUUCUGCAUCCCCAUCACCCACUGUGAAGAAAAGCUCCUCAGCGACUGACAAGAGCUCCACUGUGGCAUUGAGCAGGAAGAAACUGGCUGAGAGGAGCAGCUCCGGGCGGGAUUCGUCCUACGCCAGCCCUGUGACGGACAGGCCCCGAGCCCAGUUGAAGGGCGCGGAAGGUGGGCGGCUCGAAAGAAGGGCGGUUAGGAGUUCAAGCAGCAGCUCGUCUCUCACCAGCCUGCGCUCACCCAGCAUCUCCUCCAGGGAUCUGCGCCGGAGCAGCAAGUCUGAGGACAAGGGCCUGUCUUUCUUCAAGAGCGCCUUGAGGCAAAAGGAGACGCGGCGCUCGGCCGACCUGGGCAAGAGCGCCAUCCUGACCAAGAAAGUCGGCGAGAGGACGUCCAGGUCCAGCAGUCAGACCAAACUUGGUCUUGGUAUGGACGAGGGUAACGGGGAAGGAAACUCCUCUACUGCCUCACUUACUAGCAAGACUGCCAGCGAAGACAAGGAGACCUCGAAAAUCUCUACCCCUGUCAGACGCUCCCUGUUACAAGGCAAGUCCAAGUCUUCCAGUUCAGAGACGAGUCUUCAGUCUCCUGUUAACGGGAAGAGACCUCUUGAAAAGAUGCCCUCUUCUCGAAAGCUUUCCUGCAGCAUGCAAUCCCCUGCACGGGCAACACGGAUGCCUCAAUGAUGUUCAUAUGAUCUAAAAUAGUAGUUUAGUUAUUUUCUGUAAUGCAGCUAUUUUUUGACGUGCCUAAGAUGUGUAUACACACGUACACAUAUAGAUAUAUACAUAUAUGUGCAGGUGUGUUAAAAAAAUAAGUGAUAUAGCAUAUAAACUAUAUGGCCAAAAGUAUUUGGACACCUGACCUAUUUCAAAAACAAAUAGUAUUAAAACAAAUCUAGAGUGAACAAAUCUAAAUAAUAUUUAGCUAUAACAACAGCCACUCUUCUGGGAAGGUUCCUCACAAGACAUAGAUGUAUGCAUUGGGAAAUUUGGGCUCAUUUGGUCAAAAGAGAGCAUUAGUAUGGCUGGGCACUGAUGUUGGUCAAGAAAGCCUCAAUUGAUGCUUGAGUUCAUUCCAAAGCUGGGCUCUCAGUUUCGUUAAACUGAGCCUUUCUUCAUGUCCUCACAGACCUUGCAUUAAUGGGUGCAGUCAAAAAAUAUGGAAGGGUGUUACUACAAGCUUGGAAGCAUCUAAUUUCCUUUCUCUAAUUGAUUUAUUACACCUGUUAGCAGGUGUAGUGUGUAGCAGUGGUUGAAACCCAUAAAUUCACUACUUAAAAAUGGGUGUCCCAAUACUUUUGUCCAUAUAGUGUACGUUUUACUUUUCUUAAAGAAAAUCUGUAUAUUAUGAGAAGCGCCUUUCAAACCCUGCCAUGAAAGCGAAUCGUUGGCAAGGUGCGGUGUACGAAUAUACUACUGUAUAAAUUGAUUAGGAAUGUUUGAACUUAGCACUUUGUAUAUAUUUUCUGUCUCGAACAAGGCUCAACCAUUGAGAAGUUGUGUGUAAAAUGUAUUUUU